AAUUAAAGAGACGCAUUUAAAAGCAAAUGACCAACAAGCGACUUCACCAUCCAUCUCUUACAACCCUCCAAGAACACUGGCUGUUUUCCUUCACUUUCUAGACAAAACAAAAACCAUCUUCUAGAGAAAAUAAACCAACAUGGGAGAGACAGAAACCAUGGCAACAAACUAACUAAACCAUAGUAUAUAUUAUCUAUACUAAUAUUAUCGGCCCAUGGGUAACGGAGACAAAGUCAUGAGCCACUGGAGCUUCCACAUCCCACGUCUCCAUCAUCAUGAGCAUGAUCAUGAAAAGGUACCAAAAGGGUGUUUGGCAGUGAAGGUAGGACAAGGAGAAGAGCAAGAGAGAUUUGUGAUUCCCGUUAUGUACUUUAAUCAUCCUUUGUUUGGACAACUCUUGAAGGAAGCUGAAGAAGAGUUUGGUUUUGCUCAAAAAGGGACAAUCACGAUCCCUUGUCACGUUGAGGAGUUUAGGUAUGUUCAAGGAUUGAUCGAUCGAGAAAACACUAGAUUUCUCGGUACUAAUCUCCUUGAUCAUCACCAUCAUCAUCACAACCAUCUCAUCCGGUGUUUUAGGGUUUGAUGAUAUUGUUUUGGCUCUUUUUAAACUAGAUAUUAUCUCAUGCUGCUGAUUAUAAAUAAAUCUCGGUCUUCAUUUCAUCUUAUCUUAAGGUGUGGCUUGUUGUUGUUGUUGUUGUUGUUGUUGUUGUUGUUGUUGUUGUUGUUGUUCAUAUAUAUAUAUAUAUAUAUAUAUAUGUCUCAUGAUGAUUAAUUGUACGCUUAUGCCCGAUCAUAAAAAUAGAAAAUCAUCAUCUUGUAAUAAUAUUAAAAUAAUAUGUAUGUUGAACAAUUAAUAUUUAGUUAUUUACUAUACUCAAUCUCUUCUAUGAGUUGACUUGUCA